AUGGUUUCCCAAGUGUGUCAGAACUACCACAAGGACUGUGAGGAUGCUGUUAACAAGCAGAUCAACCUGGAGCUCUAUUCCUCCUAUGUUUACCUCUCCAUGUUCUCUUACUUUGAACGGGAUGAUGUUGCCCUGCAUCACUUUGCUGAGUUCUUCAAGGAGCAGUCCCAUGAGGAACGGGAACACGCUGAGAAACUGAUGGCAUUCCAGAAUAAACGUGGAGGUCGAGUCCUCCUGCAGGACAUCAAGAAGCCAGAGCAGGAUGAGUGGGGCAAUGGUCUGGAGGCAAUGCAGAGAGCUCUGCAGAUGGAGAAGGAUCAAGUCAUGAUGAUCAAGAAGCUGGGAGAUCACAUCACCAACCUGAAGAGACUGGGAGCCCCUGACAAUGGCAUGGGAGAGUACCUGUUUGACAGGCUCUCACUCGGCUGA